AUGGGUGAUGUUAAAGAAUUAUCGCAUGAUCAAAAUGCGGAAACCGAAAUCGGAGCCAUAGAAGAUGAGGUCAACGAGAAAUCCCUCCUGCGCAAGCUGGAUUGGAGGCUUCUACCAGCAGUUGGCGUCUUAUAUCUUCUCUCGUUUCUGGACCGUAGUAACGUUGGAAACGCCCGUAUAGAGGGCAUGGUGACCGACCUUCAUAUGACGGGGAACCAGUAUCUUACGGGAUUGACGGUUUAUUUCAUUGGCUAUGUUCUCUUUGAGGAAGGGAUUGCCACCGUCAUCGUGGCUACUAUCGCGUACUGGUUUAUCGAGAACUAUCCAGAUACUGCCAAGUUCCUUACCAAAUCGGAGAGAGAACUCAUUCAGACUAGGCUGGCAGCGGACUGCGACGCGAUGAUCAAAGAAGAAUUCAACUGGAGCGCUGUACUCGAAGCAAUUCGGGACCCAAACUGUUGGCUGUAUAGCUUGGGCUUCCAUACAAUGAGCCUACCACUUUAUACCCUCUCCUUAUUUCUGCCAACUAUUAUUAGUAACCUUGGAUAUACAGCAGCAAAGGCCCAGCUGCUUACAAUCCCCCCAUAUGCAUUAGCAUUUCUCACAACAGUAGGAGUUGCUAUUGCAUCCGAGAAAUUGGGGAAAAGGGCUGUCUUCCUUGCCGGCUCCUCUGUUACGGCGGCGAUUGGAUAUAUAAUUUUGUUGGCAAAUACGGAUCCUGUUGCACGGCCGGGGGUGUCAUACUUGGGCACAUUCUUCGCGGCGGCGGGAAUAUAUCCAUCAACCGCACUUGUCCUUUCUUGGCCCGCGAUUAAUGUGUCCGGCCAAACCAAGAGGGCAAUUGCGAAUGCAAUGCAAAUUAGCAUUGGGAAUCUAGGAGCCGUAAUGGGAACACAGCUUUAUCGAGCCAACGAUGGGCCGAGGUUUGUUGUCGGCCACUCAAUGGCCCUGGCAUAUCUAUGCGCAAAUGCAAUUGUUGCUAGCUACAUAGGAUGGCGACUAAAGGCUCAAAAUAAGGCAAGGGCAGAGAUUGCGCCGGAGAUUCAGAACGUGGGUGAGGCGUUGGACUGGAAAGGAGACAAGGAUCCUCGGUGGAGAUUUUCCUAUUAG